UGGGGGAGAAAAGGGAAAAAGAAAAAGAAAAACCGCUUCAAUUUUUAAUUUGGGUUAAUUAUACUUACCACCCUCAUUUUCCAUGUAAAUUCAGUAUGACCCCCGAGUUGUCAAUUUUGUUGCGUUAAGCCCCAGGUCAAUGGUAUCUUUGUUGCAUCUACAGCCGGAACUGAAAAGGGUGCCAAUUGUCACCGAGUAUACGCGUUGACCCCCAUUGAAAAUCGAGGAUAAAGUGCCCCCGAAUUUCAAGUUCAGGGGGUGUGAAUAUGUAGUUAACCUUGUCGAUUUACUUUUGUGUUCUUAUUUUCUUUAGCAUAUGGUAACUGUCCUGUCAUCAAUUGAGUUCAGAAUUGGAAUUUUCGGUCCCGUUUCUUUUUAUACCCUGUAUUAUUAGCUCAGCAAUCAAACGAAGACGCGGUUGCAUCACAUCAACUUUGGUGGAGUUGUAUGGUGUGAAGUGAUGCAGAGCCGUCUCCAACUACAGGUUCUUUUUUCAAGCCCCAAUUGAUGCAUUUCUCUAGCGGUACCCAUGGUAGUGGUGGUUUUUCAUUAGCUCCAAACUUCUCCAAUGGCAAUAUUACUGAUGAAAAGAAAACUGGCUGUUUUGAGUUUAGACCGUGUAGUGGAUCCGAUUCUAUUUCUGGAUUACCAGCAGUGGCACCUAAGAACUCCACAGGUGGAAACAAUGAAAACAUGGAACCAUUUGAGCACCUUAAAGCUCAAUGCCAGUCUCAAUCUUUUGCAUUGUUGCCUUCUGUUAAAAGUGAGAUGGCAUCUUCCUCAAAAGAGUUGAGUCUACCUGCACCUGUUCAAAUGUUUGCUUCAAGAGCUAUCAUAUCUGCUGGAGUUCAUACUGAUGAACUAAACCAGAGAAUUCCCUUGGGUACUGGGGUUCAAGCGUCACAGCCUCACCAUAAAGACAUCGGGCCUCCUGUUGCUGCUGAGAGGUCAUCUGAUGAUGGGUAUAACUGGCGGAAGUAUGGGCAAAAACUUGUGAAAGGAAGUGAAUUUCCUAGAAGCUAUUAUAAAUGUACGCACCCUAAUUGUGAGGUGAAGAAGAUCUUUGAACGUGCUCCAGAUGGGCAAAUUACAGAGAUUGUAUACAAGGGUACACAUGAUCAUCCUAAACCUCAACCGGCCCGUCGAUUGACUGCUGGUGCUAUUAUGUCCAUCCAAGAGAAAACUGAUAAGGUUUCAUCUAUAACUAUUCAAGGUGACAAAUCUAUCAUAAAUGCCCCUCAUGAUGUUGAUACUAGUACUCCCGAUCUAUCUCCUCGUGGGACAAAUGAUGAUAGUGUAGAAGGUGCAACUCCCCAGUUGAACACCAUUGAGGAGGGUGACGAAGAUGACCCAUUUUCAAAGCGGAGGAAGUUGGAUGGUGUCAGUAUUGAUGUCACACCAGUGGUCAAACCUAUUCGUGAACCACGUGUUGUUGUUCAAACUGUGAGUGAGGUUGAUAUACUUGAUGAUGGUUAUCGAUGGCGUAAAUAUGGGCAGAAAGUGGUGAGAGGAAAUCCAAAUCCGCGGAGUUAUUACAAGUGCACAAAUGCUGGAUGCCCUGUUAGGAAACAUGUGGAACGGGCAUCCCACGAUCCCAAAUCUGUAAUAACUACAUAUGAGGGGAAACACAAUCAUGAUGUACCUACUGCAAGGAAUAGCAGCCAUGACAUGGCGGGACCUGCAACCAUGAUUGGGAUGUCAAAGGUUAGGUCAGAAGAGAGUGAUUCAAUCAGCCUUGAUCUUGGGGUUGGGAUUAGCCCUGCUGCUGAUAAUAGAUCCAAUGAGCAACAGCAAGUACUGGAUGUUGAAAGCCAGGUCAACAGUGCCCCCACCAAUUUAAGGCUUGUUCAGUUGGCCCCAGUUUCAACAUAUUAUGGUGUUGUUAAUGGUGGUUCACAUGGAUAUAGAGAAAACCAUGUUGAAAAUCAUGGCUACCAAACUCCACCUUUAAACCAUUCGUCUAACCCAUAUCCACAAAACUUGGAAAGAAUACUUUUGGGCCCAUAGAAUUGUUCUGUUAUCGAAGAAAGAAUAAGAAUUAAAGCUGUAGAUUGCCUUCCUCGGUGGUGGAUGGCUGGUUGGUGAAAGUUUGCCUAUCUCGGGAUGGAAUUGAGUGAGUCCUUUCAUAUUAACAUUGUCUAGUGCUUCUCUACUGUAUCCUUUACCUUUCUGCUCUAAUGUUUUUCCUUCCCAAGUCCAAAUGUUGCUUAUACUGCAUUCAUCUCACUUAGCCCAAAACUUGUGUAGACAUAUGUAGUUAGACGACGCUUAUUUCCUGACUGACAGGCAUAAUGUUGUAACUCAAAGCAGUGCUUGAACUGGAAGCUACUGGCUGCAAAAAUUCUCACCUAUGUUCGGUUUGGCCUCUAAGAAGGCUUUUAAAAGGCUUGUAACAACUAAGGCUUGAGUUGCUGAUCUCUGCAUUCUUCCGAUCUCAUCGGUUGAAGUCCAGUCCUUAAAAACAGUUAAACUUUGCCUGCAUUGACAAUUCUUUGAUAUCUAUCUAUCUAUCUAUCUAUCUAUCUAUCUAUAUAUAUUGUACUCUUAAAUUGUGGCACUUGGUUUCAUUGAGGCCUGAACUUUAGGAAUCAUGGUAUCGAUCAUACAAGCGAAGUUCAUUAUGUCUUUGAAGAAAUUGAUGGCUCAAGGAAGGAUUUGUAUUGCCUUUUUGUGACAGUUGGAAAGGUGAACAGUUGUUAAGUUGUCUUGACGUGUUAUCUUGUUUGCCCCAUCUGGUGAUGAGAGGCAUGCUGAUAGACCUUGUGUAGUAUUAGUAAUGUGUAAAGUGCCAGGGGAGGUGGGCUAGCUUGGGUACUCAAGUUCGAAUUUUUUCCUAGCGCAGCCGCUAGUAGAUUAGAUUCGGAUUAAAUUUCUCGUCAUGAAAAAGAGCACCGUGGCGGGUACGUUAUCCCAAGGAAUGUAUAAAGCUUUACCAAGUGCAUUGGGACAUGCAUUCAAGAUCAUCCCUCCCCUCUUAGUGUGAUUGUUUUCCUAUAAUACUACCUUUAUUUGCGAGGCUGAGCUUUAGUAACAAUAGUAAAGUUGUUCUUUUAUUA